AUGGCAACAGUGCAAAUCCUGGACGGCGGUCUUGGAACCUCCCUCCAAGACCAGUAUGGAGUGAGCUUUGACAGCACUACAACUCCACUCUGGUCAACACACUUGCUCGUCUCAGAUCCCACCACACUGCAGGCUUGCCAGAAGGACUUUGGCACGGCAGGGGUGGAUGUCCUUCUCACAGCUACCUAUCAGGUUUCGCCCGAGGGAUUUGCGCGCACAAAGACUGCCGAGUUCCCCAAUGGCAUCCCAAAGAGUGCUAUUGGGCGGUACAUGCAGACUGCGGUAGACGUCGCAGAGCGAGCUAAGGUCCGCGAUAGUGCCAAGAUCGCGCUGAGUCUCGGCCCGUACGGUGCGUGCAUGAUUCCAGGGCAGGAGUAUAGCGGUGCAUAUGAUGCCGAGCACGAUAGCGAGGAGGCCCUCUAUCGCUGGCAUCUGGAACGUCUGCAACUCAUUUUGGAGGCGGAUGGGGAUUUGCUCUCGCGCAUGCAGUAUGUGGCCUUCGAGACACUGCCUCGACUUGAUGAGGUCCGUGCUGUGAGAAGAGCUAUUCGUGAUGCGGGAAUCACGGCUCCCUUCUGGAUUGCUUGCGUCUUUCCUCGUGAGGAUGAUUGUUUGCCGGACGGAAGUUCAGUUAAAGAUGUUGUGGAGGCUGCCAUCACCCCCACCGACGAUGGAAGUGCACCAUGGGGAAUCGGAAUCAACUGCACCAAACUCCAUAAACUUUCUGGCUUGAUUGAUCAAUUUAGAGCCUCUGUGUCUGAGGCGUUGACCGCUGGCCAAAUCUCUGCUGCCCCGACUUUGGUUUUGUACCCUGAUGGAACAAACGGAGAGGUCUACAAUACAAAAACGCAAAUUUGGGAGAAGCCGGCUGACUAUAGUGCAAAUGGCAACCAAGAUACGCGCUCUUGGGAAGUUCAACUGGCCCAAGUGGUGAAUGAGGCUAGUAAGAAAGGCCCAUUUGAGUCUUUCCUUGUGGGUGGCUGCUGCAAGGCUUCGCAUCAUGACAUCAAGAAGCUUCGACAGCAGUUCCAGGCUGAGUGA